CGAACCAUCACCUUGCCACAAACUCCAUUCACUGACCCUUGACCAGACUCUAAUAUCCGACGAGCACCAAGCCACACACAUUUACAAGGGCGUACACAGUGAUUAUCUUGAGCUUUCACGCCGAACACGCUCCGAAAAUUCGCCUCUACCUUCAUGAACAAAGGCCACCAAUACGAGGUUUCUCUAUACGGCGUGUUCUCGCCGGUUGAUCUCAAAGCUAUACUGGAUCGCAUGACGCUACAUAGCGAGUCUUCGGCCCCACUACAUUUACGAGAGGUCGUCUUCGAACCCCUCGUUCGUCCGGCAGACGCGCCUGUUGACCAAGGGAUCCUGCAUGCGCAGAAGGACACGACGGAAGACAAGUCAAGUUGGGUGCUAUACUCCUACCUGAAGCCAGAAUCGUCUCGCGUGUACCCUGAAGCCAUGGUACGACCGUGGGCUACCUGUCUCGUCCAGGGCGACGGCCUGGCAUUCGCGUCUGCUCUAGGAUAUGUACGAAGGUCAGAAGUGUAUAAGCGUGGCUUCGUUUUCCGACGAAAUGGUCGAUCCGAAGACGGCACAGCCCAUACCAGCACACGUUGAUAGCUUGUGGAAAGUCGAGGUCAAAAAUGCCGCCCCAGUAAGGAAUACACAAGAACUUCCACUAGUCAAGAAUUCGAUAGCGGCGAUAUUGGAGGUCCAGUUGAUGAUGAAGGGCCUUCUCGAUCUACGUAGAGAAGAUAUCCUUGCAACAUGAUGCUUUUAGGCGCGUUGCGCUACG